UAACCGUAGGCCGUGACCUAUGUGACGCGGCUUUUCAAAGUUUUUUGCACAGUCAUGAGCUCUUUGGUACUGGAUAGGAAGCCUGGUGGCUUUUCUUUUGAAAAUUGUUAUAGAAAUAAAAUCAUAGAACAAAAAGGAUAUCAGAUACCGAAACCUGUAAAGACUGGAACAACAAUAUGUGGUGUUGUUUUCAAGGAUGGUGUUGUUCUAGGUGCAGAUACACGAGCAACAGAAGGGAACAUUGUCGCUGAGAAAAAUUGUUCCAAAAUUCACUACAUCGCUAAAAAUAUAUAUUGCUGUGGAGCUGGAACAGCAGCUGAUACACAAAUGGUGACAGCAAUGAUUUCAUCACAGGUUGAACUCCAUCGUUUGAAUACAGGAAGGACACCACGUGUAAUUAUUCCUCUGCGUCUACUCAAACGAUAUCUUUUUCAAUAUCAAGGAUAUGUAGGUGCCGCACUGGUGUUGGGUGGUGUUGAUUCAACUGGGCCACAUUUAUUUAGUGUUGCACCACAUGGUUCAAGUGAUAAGUUGCCGUAUAUUACAAUGGGCAGUGGAAGUCUUGCCUGCAUGUCAGUACUUGAGGCAAGGUAUAAAUUCAAUAUGGAGCAAGAUGAAGCUGUACAACUAGUACGUGAUGGUAUCGCCGCUGGUAUAUUCAAUGAUAUGGGUUCAGGAAGUAAUGUUGACAUCUGUAUAAUAACCAAAGAUGGCACAAAGUAUAUUCGACCGUAUGAUGAAGCGAAUGUUAAAGGUGAAAGAGCAGAGAAGUAUAAUCCUCCAGAGGGUACUACACCUGUACUCAAUAAAUCCAUUCAUCGUGUAGAAUUUGAUGUGGUGACAACACGAGUUAUCCGUGAUAUGCCUGCACCAGAUGUUGAAGCCAUGGAUAUGUCGUAAUUGUGUAUUGCGCUCCCAGUCAGUGUGUGUACAGUUUUUGUACAUUCCUGUGGUGUGGCGGUAAAUUAUGAUACUUACUCACUCAUUCACUCACUCACUACCUAUCUCUCUCUCUCUCCUCAACUCUCUGUCUAUUUGACUCUUCACAUUUCAUUCGUUAAAAGAAAUCACUUUUGUGGACUUUUGAUUUUUUUUUAUUUCAAAUUAAUCGAUU